CCCUCUCACUGUUGGGCUCAUGAGAGGAUGUGGAAGGAGGUGCUGUCUGUGACCUUUUAUCGGGCUGUUUUCUCUGAGUUCCUAGCCACCUCCAUCUACGUCUUCUUUGGCCUGGGCUCAGCCCUCCGCUGGCCCUCAGCCCUCCCCACCAUCUUACAGAUCUCUAUUACCUUCAACUUGGCUGCAGCUACUGUGGUCCAGAUUGCCUGGAAUGUCAGUGGUGCUCAUGUCAACCCAGCUGUGACUAUGGCCUUCCUGUUUGGCUCUCGUAUCUCUUUGGCAAGAGCUGCUUGCUAUAUGGUUGCCCAGCUGGCCGGAGGCAUCGCUGGAGCAGCCACGCUGUAUGGAGUGACGCCUGCAGAGGUCCAAGGAAGCUUAGCCAUUAACAUGGUGCGGAGCAACAUCACUUCUGGACAAGCAGUUGCUGUUGAGCUCAUUCUCACCUUUCAGCUGGUUCUUUGUUAUUUUGCUUCCACCGACAGACACAGAAAUGCCAACUCCCCAGCCACAUUCAUUGGCCUAUCCGUUGGUCUGGGACACCUGAUUGGGAUCUACUUCACUGGCUGCUCCAUGAAUCCUGCAAGAUCCUUUGGCCCUGCUGUCAUAGUCAAUAAGUUUACUGUUCACUGGAUUUUCUGGGUGGGCCCUAUGACAGGUGCAAUUCUUGCUUCUCUGAUGUAUAAUGUACUUCUCUAUCCUGACCUGAAGAGUAUCUCGCAGAGGCUGGCAAUUCUAAAAGGCACCUUUGAUGUGGAGGCAGAAGAUAUGGAGGAAGCAAAGCAGAACAGGCAGCCUGUGUCAUUGAUAAAUGUCAUACAAAGGGUUUAAUCACACAGCAUCCCAGAGAUAAGUGGGUAUCUUCCGAAUAGGCCUGCAUUCUAGAGUUGGCCAGGUACCAUCCCAUGAGCUGGCAGAGCACAAUGAUAUUUGAUGGUAUCUGGUGGGUGCAGGAUCAUGGUAGGAAGAGACCUAAGCACAGACAACUUGUGCCUUCUGAGGGGGAGGAUGUAAAGGGGAUCACAUGAUCGCCCCCCUGUCUCCUCCUGGAGAAACUUCCAGCUAUCUCCCUGGUCCAGGGCAGCCAAUCCUGCCAGCUCCUGUGGGGGCUGGGGCCACAGCAGCGGGGAGCACAUGCCUUUGGAGAGGCCAGGGAAUCUGCUCCCAGCACCUUCCCCAGUGACCCCUGAGCCCAGUCCAGGGACUGCUGCGCUCUCCCCACCUCACCAGAGUUACCUGGGGUAGGGGGACACUCUGUCCUUCUCCUGCUCUGCCUCUCCCCCACCCCAGCACAUUCAUCCACUGUCCCUGGCAGCAGGGCAUGGGCAGGGAGUGGGACAAAGCUGCUUCUCACAUGGCUGAAGAUGGCUGCUCAGGGUCACUGCUCUGUGCAGUGGUUGCCUAAGAGAGCCUGGCUGGGAGGUGGUGGCUGCAGGUCCGCUCCUCGCUCUGUCAGGAUUUUCUAAAAAAUGUGGCAGGGUGAAUUUUUUUGCUUAGGAAAUUUAAAAGCUAAUCAGGGAACGCUACUGAGUAGUUCUAUUUAGGACCUCAGGCACAGUUUGAACCAGGUGUUCCUCUCCCCAAUAAUGAAAGGCCAAUGGAGCACACUGCAUUUAUGAAGGCUGGGCUCUAAGCCCCAUUGGUUUAAUAGAGAAACCCACUGCCAUUGUAAUAAAGAAUAAGACUGGUCCCUUUCCUGAGCUUGUGACUCUUGAAUUUACCCUGGGUAUUUCAUCUUCCUGAGAAACUUGAAAUCCAUCAUAAAUACACAGUUUGUUGAGCAGUGAAUCCACUUUAUGUCACUCACUGCAUCAGGCUGUGGAUACAUUUUACAAUGCACACUUCAGUCACGUACUGAGCAUCUUUAAUGAAGGCUCUAAGAUGCCAUAAUGAGCUAACUACCUAUAACUAUUAGCAAUAUAAUUGAUCAAUAAUUUAGUAAAUAAGAUUAAUGUAUCAACUGAACACCCUCCUCCCUGCCAAAUCCUGCUCCAACAUGCAUGGGGCUCAGUUUAACACCUAAGGUGGAUUCUCAAGAGUUAGUGGCUUUUUUGUAUGAUCUACGUCCCCACGACAUUACAGCCAAUAUGGGAGUUUUGAAAGCUUAUCCAGGCAUUUCACUUAUUCAUGGGAGCCAUACUGAACCAAGGAAUUUCCUAGCCCUUCUCCUCCAAGGCCGUUCUUCUAAUAGCCAUGAAGCAGGGAGCAAAUGUCUGUCAAGAGCCCUUGAUGGUUUCUCUUCUACAGGGCUGGUCAAGCCAGCAGAGUCCAAAAGCCAUUGAAUGAUAUUCCAUUUGCUGGCAGUUUACAUUUCCUUUGUUUGUUUUUCUUGGAAUCAGUUCUGUAUUUAUAACUUUGUAAGUAAAUUAUUUUGCAAAAGGCUUUUCAGAGUUCUUUACACUGCCCCUAAAAACCUGACUACUAAUGUGA